AUGACAGACUAUGACAUGGAUUUUGAAUCGAAUUCAUCGUCAUCUCGAGAUUCAUCCCCGGCAUCGUCGCCGUUGUUAGCACCCUUGGACUCAUCUCCGCCCUCGAGUCACAGCAUGAGCCGUUUCUCUCAUCCGUUCGCGGCAUCGGCAAAAGCCAACAAACGCCCUCCACAGCGGGAAAAGAAGGCAAGAUACUCCCCCGAGUACACCUCCCGCACUUACUCCAACGCCAUUGUCCCGCAGCUCAGUCUAUUCUCGCUCGCUGGGAGAAAAAGACUACUUGCACGACGAAACGUCAAGUCUCUUCUCUCUAGACUCGAGCACGUCCGCGUUACGUUGAUCGCGAUGGAGCGAUUAUGGGACGACGCGUUGCGCAAACCCUUCGAUACAGCAAAGUCUAUUCUCCGGACGCAGUUUGUCACCGUCAAGACCGAGCCAGCUUUCGAGGUCCCGAACUCGGGCAAGGAACGACAUAUGCUUCAACUCUACCUCUUUGGAAACAACAUUCACGAUCUUCCUCCUGAGCUUUUCAAGUUAGAAAAUCUGACUGUGUUGAGUCUGCAGAUGCGAGACAUGAAACUCUUGAAGUUACAGCUCAACCCAAAUCCCUUCUUAGCCGAGCCGUCCUUUGCUCGCGUCCCCUCCGCCUCUCGCGACAUCCUGUCUCAGCGGCGGUCCAUGACUCGCAUAUUCUCACAAUACAGGGAGUCGGCGGCGAAUUCAUCGAGAGCGAUCACAUUACUCUGCUCACUGAAAGACGACAACUCUCGGACUGUGCUCAGCGAAUAUUAUGGGGUCCCUCUUUCCGACGUUUGGAACGUGCCAGAAAAUUAUCCCUCUCAAACCUCGAAAGCAUGGCCGGAGGCCAUCGCAGGGCUCGGGCGGGUGUGCAAACCCGGAGCACAAGGGCCGAUUCUUCGUGAGGCACGCUGCCGAGCGAUUCACAUGGGAGCGUCACAUCGCUGGGUAGACGUGGGUGGAGCAGUUCCGCUGCGAUGGAGAGGGUGCAUAGAGACGUGCUUGGCGUUUUUGGAUGAGGAUGCACGGCGGGCCAACGCUCUAGAGCUGCCACCCACGGAUGCGAGCGAUGCGAUGGAUUUUGAUGAGACGGAUGCCGUGAUGGCAAUGGACUUAAGCGGGUUCGGCGUGGAUGAAUUCGAUGACUGA